CAAUGGCGAGAUGGAAAGCUGUCAGAACUGAAUGCUGUCAAUGUGACGGCUGCCUUGAUCGCCGCUGUGGUCAGCGCAGCCUUCUCGUGGCCCACCAUCUCCGAGAGUCCUUGGACAGCCAGAGCGGUGUUAUAUGCCUCCUUGAUCUUGUCACUCUCAACAGUGGCCUCUGCAUCUCAGCAGAGUAUAGCUCUGUACCGAUACGGCGCACAUCCCCAAGGCCUUGAGAUGCUGCAAGAGAUGCUGGCAAGCAAAAAAAGGGACAGACCAGCUAGUACAGCGAGCAAGCUACAGACUUACGUUUGGCAGAUGCCAGUCAUGCUACUCAACAUCAGUAUAUCACUGCUCAUAGUUGGCCUGUUCAUUCUGAUCUGGGAUCGUGCCGCACAGGUAGUCGAUUGGACUGAUGACAUGAAGAUUGCUUUGGUGACAAGCAUAGUGGGCAUUUUCGCUUUAGUCAACUACGUGGUGGGCGCUGUGGCCUUGUAC